CACUCAGCUCCGGCCCGUCAAUCAUACUUAACCACUCUGCUCAACCCUUCUGUUGAACCCUACAGUUCACCGCCGCCGCCGCUGCUGCCCCACCUCGUCGCCGAGAGCUCACAGGGGAGUUGCGAUGGCACCGGCGACGCCGAAGACGGGGCUGUUCGUGGGGAUCAACAAGGGGCACGUCGUCACCAAGCGCGAACUCCCGCCUCGCCCGUCCGACCGCAAAGGAAAAAUUACCAAGAGGGUACAUUUCGUUCGGAACUUGAUUAGGGAAGUCGCUGGAUUUGCACCAUAUGAGAAGCGUAUCACCGAGCUUCUGAAGGUUGGAAAGGACAAACGUGCACUCAAGGUAGCAAAGAGAAAGCUUGGGACACACAAGAGAGCCAAGAAGAAGCGUGAGGAGAUGUCUAACGUUCUUAGGAAGAUGAGAUCUGCUGGAGUCGCCGACAAGAAAAAGUGAAGCAGCUCUGACUUGCUGCGAAGUGUGUUGAGGUUGCUGACAGAUUAGAUAUAUUGUUGCGAAAAACUAUCAUGAGUAGUUAUAUACCAUUUCCAGAGGACGUUCCGUAGGUUUUGCAUAUUCCAUGAACUCCGUUUGCCAAGAAAGAAAGAAAGAAAGAACGAACGGGCGUCGAUCGGAAGCUGGUUAACUGAUGGAAAUGUAGCAGCAGCAGCCAGCCAGACUUGGCAAGUUUGCAGGCAAUCAAAUCAGGUACGGGGGACGCUC